CUCCGCCUCACCCGACAUACCCACUCCUCCCAGAACCUUUUCGAGGCAGAAUGACCGACUACAAGCAGGCCGCGGAGCUAAAGGCCACCCCUGUCGACCUAGAUGAAUUCCCGGCAGGGUACUACUGCAGUAAGAAUUUUAUCGGCUCGCUUAUAGCCGUGUGCUUGAUGGCCAUCAGUCUGUACCUGGGUUAUGUCUUGCCGGUGAACAGCUUGAGUGCGAUCAAUGCCGACUUGGGGCCGGACCCUAGCUAUACCUUGAUCUCGACCGUCUUCACGCUGAUUUCCGGGGUCGGCCUCCUGCUGGUGGGUCGCUUGGGAGACCUGUUUGGGCGCCGGUAUAUCCUCAUUGGAGGCCAAGUGCUCGGUCUCAUCGGUGCCAUUGUCUGUGCGACAGCCAAGACUGUUCCCACGGUCAUCGGGGGCAGUGUGCUCUGUGGCCUGGCUGCUGCCGUGCAGUUAACCUUCAGCUUUGUGAUCGCUGAGCUGGUCCCUAAUCAGGCGCGUCCGGCUGUGAACGCCUGUAUCUUCAUCACCACCCUGCCUUUCUCCGCGUUCGGAGCCGUGAUCGCCGACCUGUUCAUCGCUAACACGGCUCGAUCCUGGCGCUGGACCUACUAUCUGAACAUCAUCACCUGCGGCCUGUCCGUCAUUCUGCUGGCACUGUUCUACUUCCCUCCCGGAUGGGAUGCCAAACGCGGAAACGAGAGUCGCAUCGCCGGUCUCAAGAAGUUCGACUACUUCGGCUUUAUUUUGUAUGCCAGCGGACUGAUUCUGGUGCUGCUCGGUCUCUCAUGGGGCGGCUCUUCGUAUGCCUGGCACUCGGCACACGUCGUCGCCGUCCUGGUCAUCGGAUUCGUCUGCUUGGUCGCCUUUGCCCUCUAUGAAACCUUCGUCCCCCUUGAACAGCCGCUUCUGCCCAUGUCUCUACUCCGAAACCGCGGGUACGCCGGAGCGGUGUGCUCGGCUCUGGUUGGCAACAUGGUCUACUUUUCCAUGAGUCUACUAUGGCCGACUGCCAUCUCCGCCCUGUUCACCACCAACACCGUCAAGGCCGGCUGGCUCUCGAUCUCCACCGGUGCCGGUGUCCUGGUCGGGGAAGUCGCCGCCGGUCUACUGAUGAAGCCCAUCGGCUACACCAAGUACCAACUCAUCGUCACGACCAUCAUGAUCACCGCAUUCUCAGGCGCCCUGGCCGCCGUCAACCAACACCGCCAGUCCUAUGGCAUUGCUUUCACCGCCAUCGGCGGCUUCUGGGUCGGCUACCUCGAACUCAUCACCAUCAUCAUGUGUCCCCUCUACUGCAAACCCGAAGACAUCGGUCUCGCCAGCGGAUUCCUCGGCUCCGCCAAACAAGUCGCCGGUACCAUUGCCACGGCAAUCUACAUCGCCAUCCUCGACGCCCGCAUCGCCACCACCCUCCCCAAUACCAUCUCCACCGCAGCCACGAACGCCGGCCUGCCCUCCACCUCCCUAACCGAUCUCCUCGACGCCGUCUCCGUCGGCACCACCACCGCCUACGACGCCGUUCCCGGCAUGACUACCACUAUUCUCGCGGCGGUCGCGGAAGCAGUUAAGACGGCGUACUCGCUGUCCUUUCGGACGGUUUUUCUGGCCAGUAUUGCGUUUGGGGGGUUGUCGGUGGUCACGGCGUUGUUUUCGGCGCCGGUGGAUGAGUGUUUUACGGGGGAUGUGGCGGCGAGGUUGGUGGGGAAUGGGGGGAGGGAGGAGAGGGUGGAAGGUGGGGAGAAGGGGGGUGGGGAGGGGGUUUGA